CGGAACGCCGUCGCGGGGCUCUGGCCGCCAUGAGUAGCGGCGGCUCCUCGGCCUGCAGGCGUCGGGAGGAGAGCAGCGGCGCCGCGGCGCCCCCGCCUGAGGAAACUUAUGAUCACCUUUUGGAAGUCCCGGUCACUCGGGAGCAGUUAAACCACUACCGGAAUGUGGCGGAAAAUGCUCGAAGCGACCUUGCGGCAACUUUGGUCAAGUUUGAAUGUGCUCAGUGUGAGCUCCGGGAUCUCCGCUCCAAGAUGCUUGCUAAAGAAGUUUGCUUUCAAGAGCUCAAAGCCGAAAUGGAGAGCUAUAAGGAAAACAAUGCCAGAAAAACAUCCCUCCUCACUUCUUUGAGAGACAGAACGCAGGAGCUGGAGGAAGAAUCUGUUGCACUUGCCAUGUCUAAAACUAAAGCAGAAAUCAUGGCUCAGGCUGCAGCGAAGGAGAACCAGGAACUCAGGAAAACAGCUGUGCAACUCGAUGAGAAGUUCCGAAAGUGUUUGAAGGAAAACGAAGAGAAUAAGGCCCAGAUCUCAGAGAGCUGCAGGAAACAUCAGGAAUUUCUCACCCAGCUGCAUGACUGCUUGGAUCCAGACAAGAAGGAAGAAAAGACAUCGGAUGAGGAAGUCAUUGUGAAGCUUAGGGAACUGUGCAAGGAAAACGCUGUGCUGAAAGGAAGGAUUGUAACUCUUGAAGAGACUAUAAACGUCCAUGAGAUGGAGGCAAAAGCUAACAGAGAAACGAUCAUGCGGCUGGCUUCCGAAGUCAACAGAGAGCAGAAGAAAGCUGCCUCCUGGGCUGAAGAGAGAGACCAGUUGGAGCAGGACUUGCUCAGUGCUGUAAAAGCAAAAGAAGCUCUUGGAAAGGAAGUUAAAAUCCUGGAAGAAAGGCUGCAUGCGGGCCAGCGGGCCUGGGAGGCCUCGAGGCAGGAGCUGAGCGUCCUGCAGAAAAGCUCGUGCGAGUUGGAGAGAAGUCUAGAGGCAGCCACUGCCUCCCAGAGGCAGCACUCCUCAUUUCGGGAGAAAAUCGCAGCCCUCCUGAGUGGCAGCGCGGGCGUCACUGGGUCCACAGAGGACGCCCUCUUGGAGAGGAUUCGAGAGAUGGGCAGCCAGGAAGACACCAGCAAAAGGGUGAUUUCCCAGUUGGAAGCCCAAAUUUCUGAGCUUAUUGGACAGCUGGGCGAGGAGUCCGGGUCUCGCCAGAAAGCUCUCCAGAGGGCGCAGAAUGCAGAAAACAAGUCAGAGAUUCUUCAGGCUCAGCUAACACACCUGGAGGGAGAGCUGGUUUCUGGGGAUGUUUUGCGAGACAGCUUGAAUUUCGAGAAACAAAAAUAUCUUAAAUUUCUGGAUGAGCUUUCAGAGAAAAUGAAAUUGGACCAGAUGGCUGCUGAACUUGGCUUUGACAUGCGUCUGGACGUAGUUUUAGCUCGCACGGAGCAGCUGGUCCGCCUUGAGAGCAACGCAGUCAUUGAAAACAAGACAAUUGCCCACAACUUACAGAGGAAGCUGAAGACUCAGAAAGAAAGGCUUGAGAGUAAAGAACUGCACAUGAACCUCCUUCGGCGGAAAAUAACCCAACUGGAGGAGGAGAAGCAGGUGCGCACGGCCUUGGUGGUGGAGAGGGAUGAGGCCCAUCUCACCAUCCAGAAGCUGGAGAAGAAGGUGGAGAGGUUGCAGAAGGAUCUGAAUAUGUGUCGGUACUCAAACACAGAGCUCAAAGCCAAGCUGGCUGAUACCAAUGAGCUUAAGAUUAAAACUCUGGAACAGACCAAAGCCCUUGAAGAGCUAACUAAAUCCAGGGACAAGCUGGAAAAGAUGAAGGAGCGAGCUGAGAAAAAGCUGAUGUCAGUCAAGUCAGAACUGGAUACCACAGAACAUGAUGCUAAGGAAGACAAGGAAAGGGCCAGAAACAUGAUGGAAGUGGUAACGAGGGAAAUGAAGACACUAAAGAAAUCUCUGGAAGAAGCGGAAAAGAGAGAAAGGCAGCUGGUGGACUUCAGAGAGAUUGUGUCUCAGAUGUUGGGCUUAAAUGUGACCAAUCUUGCUCUUCCCGAUUAUGAAAUCAUCAAACGUCUUGAAAGACUGAUCCAUUCACAUCAGCAUCACUUUGUCACCUGUGCCUGCCUCAAAGAUGUGACUCCUGGGCAAGAUGAACACCUGCAAAGCCACGUGAAAUUUCUUCAUUGAGUACUUGUGUCUCAUGAGGGAGGUGGGGCUCAGAGAUGGGGCAUAAGUCCACGUGUGUCUUAAAUGUAGUCUGUGUGUGAAUCUAUGCUCUGAUCAUGUAGUGACAAUGCAUAAUUGGCUAAAGCAUCUCAAAGGUACCAGCCUUCGGCAAUUGUUCAGCAGUAAAAACACCUGUUAUUUAACUUGCCGUCACCUUGGGACUGAGGAUAAUUCCACUAGGUUGCAUGUAUGCACUUGGAAAUGUGAGUAGGGGAUAACAUGUUCUUGGUGUCUGCUUAUGAGUCAGCUGAUUUAAUGCUCAUAAGGGCAUGUGGAGAAACUUUAAUCACUUUGUUUGGCAACCUCUCUGGGGCUAAGUACGAUAUUGCUUUCUCAAGAUUCAGUUGGCUCCACAUCAAAGGCCAUGCUUCUCCUUCUCCUUCAAGAAGCUUCAGUGUCUCCCGAAUCUUUGUGGUGUUGGUAGAAAUCACCUGCAUAAGGAAGGAAACCUUCCUGUGAUCAUGAAAUUAAGUCCCAAGUAACAUAUUUGUGAUUGUAACCUAUGCAAUCUUUCUAAAAGGCAGGAUACUUAGGUACCCAUCCAGGAAGACAGUUAACCUGUUUUAAAUGUUGCUAAUGGAUCAUACCCGGUGGUAAUUUCCUGUUGGUUUGGGAGGAAGAGAGACAGAGAGAGGGUUUGCUUUCCAAAUGCCUACAAUGGCUGGAGUUGGUUCAGGCUAAAGCUAGGAACUCAUGGGUGGCAGAAGCAAACUAUGUCAGCCAUCACUGGCAAAUUCUGUCAAGGUAAACUACAGAGCCAGCCGAAUCUUUGCUGAGAGUGCUCCCAUGACUCCUUCAGCCUUUGGUAGACUUCAGCUACCUGCUAAUGCAGAUACUGAUAGAUAGCAGCUUGAAUUUGCCCCCUGUGCCAGCAUCUGCCAGCUGAUGUUAUGAUAAAACCCAACCAACCCAUACCCACUCUGACUUAUGCAUGCACCAGAAGGAAGAGUCAACCCAGUCUGAUUUUCCCCUAGUCCAGUUCAUAUGAGGCCACCAGGUGUUGUAGCCCUGCCCAACCUGGUCUGCCCCCAUCCCAACUCAAGCUCUCCAGUGUGAGUGGGAUCCAGCAGGGGAGCCCCACACAGCCCUCCUACCAGCUUUGCCUCCUCCCCCCUUGGUCUCAUGUGUACUGGUUUGGUGCUGCAGCCCAGCCAGCAUGAUGUACCUCACCUCGGCUUUUGCCAGUGGGUGCUGUGCUUGUAUUUGCAGUGGGUAAUAAGAACUGAUCCAGCCUGGUUUGCCCCCGACCUGUGCCAAAUGUAUGGCAGUAGGUAUCGUUC